ACGCUUAUAUGCUUUAUUUACAUAGAGAUAAACGAUGACAACAACUUCAAAACAGGCUUUAAAAACCCACUUUGGGUUCGACAACUUUCGGUCUAAGCUACAGGAAGAUGUUGUCAAAGCAGUCCUCAAAGUGUUGUCACAGAGCGAUUCGUGUGUGGCACUGUGGUGAUAGGCGUUGUCUUCCUGCAGGUGACAGGGAUGUGUUUGUGUGCAUGCCCACUGGAGCAGGAAAGUCCCUCUGCUACCAGCUGCCUGCUGUCCUGGCUGAGGGCAUUACUCUGGUUAUAUCCCCGCUAAUCGCUCUCAUUCAGGACCAAGUGGACCGCCUGAAAAGUCUGAACAUCCCUGCCUGCUCCAUCAACUCCAAGCUCCCGGCAGGCGAGCGCCGUCUGAUCCUGGCUGACCUAGGGAGCAGCAGCCCCAAGCUGAAGAUGCUCUACAUCACUCCAGAGAUGGUGGCCUCUCCCACAUUCCAGCCCUGCCUGACGGGCCUGUGCUCCCGCGGCUUGCUGUCUUACCUGGCUGUGGACGAGGCUCACUGCGUCUCCCAGUGGGGACACGACUUCAGGCCAGACUACCUCAAACUGGGAGAGCUGCGCAGUCGCUUGCCAGGGGUUCCCUGUUUGGCCCUGACAGCGACAGCGCCCAAGAAUGUACAAGAGGACAUUGUUCAGUCCCUGAGACUGCGCUCGCCACUGUCUUUUGUUUCACCUGUCUUCCGCAGUAACUUGCACUAUGAUGUGAUCUUCAGGGAGCUGCUGCCAAACCCCUACGUCCACCUCUACGCCUUUAUUCAGAAGGCACUGGGACUGGACAAAGGCUCUAAUGGACAGGGUUGUGGGAUUGUGUACUGUCGGACCAGGGAAGGCUGUGAAACAGUGGCUCACCAGCUGACCAAGCUUGGAGUCUUGGCCAAACCGUAUCAUGCAGGUCUGAAGGCAGGGGAUCGCACAGAGGCCCAGAAUGAGUGGAUGGAGGGGAAAGUUACAGUCAUUGUAGCCACUAUCAGCUUUGGUAUGGGAGUAGACAAGGCCAAUGUCAGGUUUGUAGCUCACUGGAACCUCGCUAAGUCCCUGGCCAGUUACUACCAAGAGUCUGGGCGAGCUGGGAGAGACGGACUGCCCUCCUCGUGUCGCACAUACUACUCCCCGAGAGAUAAGGAGCAAAUUAACUUCCUUAUCCGCCAGGAGGUUGCCCGCAAACAGGCAAAACGGGGCUCUGAAAAGCAGACAGACAAAACAGCCAUUACAGACUUUGAUGCCAUGGUGUCCUACUGUGCUCAAGAAUGUUGCCGCCAUGCCACCAUCUCCAAGUUCUUUGGGGACAAGACGCCAAACUGUGCAGGUGCCUGCGACUACUGUCGUAACCCCAAAGCUGUGCGCGCCCAGCUGGAGAGGGCGGCCACCCUCAGCACCAAGACGGAAGCUCAGAGCAAAGGGCCCACAGGACCGUUCGGUUUCCAGCCGGGCCUUUAUGAAGGAGGAAAGAAGGGCUAUGGUUUUGAAAGGUAUGACGAAGGGGAUGCCAGCAGUGAAGACGAUGGCUCAAACAGGAAAAAGGAGUUUUCAGACCUCUUCAAGAGGCAGAUGAACAUGCGGAAGGUCACUGACAGUCAGAGGGAAGACUUUGUUCCCCCAGAUGCUGACUGCCCACUCAGAGAGGCCAGCAGUCAGAGGAUCCCCAGACUCACUGUAAAGGCCAGAGAGCACUGCCUGUGCCUCUUGCAGGAGGCAUUGUAUGGCCACCAGGGGGCAGAAGACUCAUUCAAUCGCUCUACGUUGUCCUCUCUGUCUCUCGGCAGUGACACCCUGUCUGUAGCGGUGGAUAUUGAACAUGAGGUCUUCAAGAGCAGCAAGUCCUCCAACCUGUACAAAGCUGCUGUCCUAAAGAAGGUAUCCGAGAUGAAGAAAACUGCACCUGGAGAAAAGGGAGGGGGCGUCAAGACCGACGGCAGCAGUGAAACCAGAGAGAAUGAGUCAAAACUCAAAGAGGAACCUUCCUCCUCUUCUUCUGCCUCCUUCUCUGAGGAGCUGCAGGGGUUCACGUCUGCAUCGGAGAUCUACUCUAUGAAGCGUAAGAGAGUAGGAGCAGGUCUGAGGGGAUCAUCCGACCCCUUCCAGACCGCUAAGGAUCUGCUGAAGGCCUCCGUGUCGGACACCGUGUCUAACAAGGGGACAGAGAGCGGCGGAUUUUACAGUGACAGCUCAGGAGGCUCCGGAGGGACAAGCGCCGACGCGUCUUCGGCUGUAACGUCCUCCAUCAGAGCCAGAGCGAACGCCGCCGCCACCUCCACGAACAGCCCGACGAAGGCGGGCAGAGCCAUGAGCAAGAAGCAGCAGAAGCUAGCGGAAGCGGCAAAGAGCUCCCGCAACAUUUCCCACUAUUUCGCCAAGAAAGAAACCACGGCGGACGGCCAGGAGGAGGCGGAGACGCCGAGGGGACUUGAUGCUGCGUUAGCUCACGCCACAGCGGCGGUCGCUCAAGAAAGCGUUAGCGAGCAGGAACACUCCCCUGUCACCGUGGACGAUGUAGAGAUGAGUCCUGUAGAGACUCAGGAUGUGAUCCAAGAAGAAAGUAAAAACAAAGUCAUAGUUAUUACUGAUGAUGAAGAGGAGGAAAAUCAUAAAACAGAGACGCUGGAGCAGCUUCAAGACACAUCUAUAGAGUAUACGAAGUCCACUGCAGAAGAAAACAAACCUGAGGAUGAAGCUAAACCACCUCUAACAGAAGGGUUGACAGAUGAUGUAAAAGCGAAUAAGAGCGAGUCGUCUCCUCCAGCGAAGCGCAGCCGCCCCUUAGACAGAAGAGUAACGUUCAACCCCAAUGUGCAGGAGAGGGCCCUGAUCCCCGCCAAUGAGCCACCCAAGCCUGUGACGCUGAAGGAGGCCGCUGAUAUCGUGGUCCGCUAUCUGGACCCCUUUUACACUCAGGGAAAGUUUGCCACCAAGGAGCUGUUUAAGUCCUUCGCCCGCUACCUGUCUCACCUUCUCACAGAGGGCAGGAGUCGGGGGAAAGGCCAAGUUAAAGCAGAAGCCAAAGCUAUCAUCAAGAAGUUCUUCAGCAGAGUCAAGCGCUGUGAGAGCGAGGCAGACUGGAAGCACCUAAAAAGGCCGCAGAGCUGUAAAACCACAGAGAACAAUGAAUGAUGAGGCGUGGAAAUGUAGCCAUUUUAGGGUCGAACCCUUCCUCUUUUGUCAGUGCCUACGCUUGUCUCGUUCCAGUGAACUUAGGCUUUACCACAGACGCCUGCUGAUCAGCUUUAUGGUUGAUUUGCUGCUUUUUCCAGACUCUAAUAGCUUAUGUAAGUAAUUGAGCAAUAAUGUGGGCUGUGACAGCCUGAGAGAACACAGGUCAAACUGUGUGCACACUCAUAUGACCGGGAAUGACUGUUUAUGUGUAUGAGCAAUGUAUGUGCAGCAAUUGGUCUUUAUUCAUUUAACUACAGUAUGGACCUUUUGUGGGACUGCACUCUUCUUCUUUUUUCAAGUCCAUUAAAUCGCACUUAAAUCUCCAGUAAAAUAUGUUUCAAGUCUCUGCAAGUUAAGUUUUCAUACGGACCUGAAAUGAAUGGAAACCAAAGGCUUCUUGGACUAAACAAGACUAAAGUGUCUGCAGCCAUGCUAGCAGCUCUGUGACGCUGUACACGGCAGUGCUUUGAGCUAAAUGCUAACAUGCGCACUAAACAUUUGCUAAUUAGCACUGAACUCAAAGUACAGCUGAGGCUGAUGGGAAUGUCAUUAGUUUUGCAGGCAUUUGGUUAUAAACCAAUUAAACGGUGCUAGAUGAAAAGUUAGGUCAGUCAGAUCACUAAAGUCAUUAGUGUUCAUCCUGUGUGGACCAUGUAAGUAAGUAUGAAACCAAAUUAUAUGGAAAUCUAUCAAAUAAUUGUUGAUAUAUUUUAGUGUAGACCACAUGUGUCAAACUCAAGGCCCGCGGGCCAAAUGCGGCCCUUUGUGGAUUUAGAUCCCGCCCGUAUAUCAAUUUGGGUUCACAAUACAUUUUGGCCCACCUAGUUGUGCGCCAAACCAAAAACACAGGAAAGUGUUUUUUUUAAACUGCAAU